CGAGACAAGAUGACGAAGCGCACUAAGAAGGUCGGUAUCACGGGUAAAUAUGGUACCAGAUACGGUGCCUCCCUGCGUAAGCAGGUGAAGAAGAUGGAAAUCACCCAGCACGCCCGCUACGUCUGCACCUUCUGCGGAAAGAACACCGUCAAGCGCCAGGCUGUUGGUAUCUGGGAGUGCAAGGGCUGCAAGAAGACCGUUGCCGGUGGUGCCUACACCGUCUCGUAAGUCGAUCACGCGUUCUCUCCCUGGUUCCUAGCCUUCUCGGUAGUCGCGCCUUGGAACAGGCCAGACUGGCGAAAGAAUGGCCUGGAGUAUUCACAGUGACACGGAUACUGACCGAUGUGACUGUACUACAGCACACCCGCCGCCGCUGCCACCCGCUCGACCAUCCGUCGUCUCAGAGAAAUCGCGGAGGUUUAAAUGUGAUGAUGGGAUUCUCUUUCUGUUUAACGUCUGAACUAAAA